GCAGGAGUGUGUGUAGACGGUUGGUUGAGCGCUCGUUUGGGUGCUUUAGGCAGCCUGAGCUGUCACCAUGGAGAUCCUCGUACCAGACACCAAGAAUGUUGUCACUAUCGUCGCGGCCCUCACCACCGGUGCCCCUAUCACUGGAGCCCUCACCACCGGUGCCGCUACCACUGGAGCCCCCACCACUGGAGCCCCCACCAUUGGAGCCCCUAUCACUGGAGCCCCCACCACUGGAGCCUCAACCACCACCAGCACCAGCAGCAGGGCGAGGCUGCACCACAGGACAGGAAUGGAUGUUUGGGACAUCUCCGUCUGUAUCUUGGCAUUUCUGACGGUGGUCUUAAUGUUCGCCUGGUUCCUCGCAAGACCCUGUCUGGAGGGCGUCGAGAGGUGUGUGGACCAGGUACCGAGGCGCUUCCGUGAAGUGCUGACAGAGUUGGCUGACACGACCCCUGUGCUGUCCUCUUGAUUGACGGCUGCUUCUCUCUCACUCUCUGUGUCACCAGCAUCUGGGAUUGUUCCAAUGCUGUGCCACCGACAGCUGGGAUUGUUCCAAUGCUGUGCCACCAGCAUCUGGGAUUCCUCCAAUGCUGUGCCACCAGCAUCUGGGAUUCCUCCAAUGCUGUGCCACCAGCAUCUGGGAUUCCUCCAAUGCUGUGCCACCGACAGCUGGGAUUCCUCCAAUGCUGUGCCACCAGCAUCUGGGAUUCCUCCAAUGCUGUGCCACCAGGACCCGGGAUUGCUCCAAUGCUGUGCCACCGACAGCUGGGAUUCCUCCAAUGCUGUGUCACCGACAGCUGGGAUUCCUCCAAUGCUGUGUCACCGACAGCCGGGAUUCCUCCAAUGCUGUGUCACCGACAGCGGGGAUUCCUCCAAUGCUGUGUCACCGACAGCUGGGAUUCCUCCAAUGCUGUGCCACCAACACUGGCUGCUAGCUCCACCUCUGAGGCUUCCUCUAUCACCACCACCACCACCAGGGCUACCACCAACCACCACCACCGCCACCAGGGCUGCCACCACCAACCACCACCACCACCACCACCAGGGCUACCACCAACCACCACCACCACCA